CUAAAAUGCGAACGUAAUAAGUGAACGGUACCAAAGAAUGUUCGUUAAGCUUUAAACCUUCAAACAUAGCUAAGCGAAGCUCAGCUGACAUCUAGCUUUAUACCUUCAAACUUAUUUCAAGCAAAUCUUGGUCUAUGGUCUAUCCAUAAGAUUUUUGAUGGUACGGUGUGAAUAUAUCCGCAUUAGUAGACAUCACGGACGGGUAUUCGACGAAACAAAAAUAAUAGCCGAAUGAGUGAAUCUCACAGAAAAAAAUACAUUUCAAGAUCAGUACAGAAAUAUCGAGUCGUGGAGUAGUAAUAUUAAAUUUUCUGUCCAUAAAUUAGUGAAGAACUGUAAAAGUGAGGAUAUUUGUGUAAUAAGGCAUGGAUUGAAUUGACAUCAAUAUUGAGCUAAAUGGAUUUAGCUGAACAAAUUGACGAUUUUAUACCUUCUGUUCAAGCAUCUCAUUCUGACAUGGAUUCACUUAUAAUGCUUAUUUUUAUCCUUUUUAUAACAUCUCUUCUGCUCUUGUGGUUGGGUCGAUUUUUAUACCAGAAAUAUGUUACAAAUAAGGCUGUGCCUUCAACAAGCAGUACCACAACAUCAACAGGUUCUGUGACGUCAUCAAUAAUUACAAAAUCAACUACUCCCGUAAAUUCAGCUUCUCCAAUUGCUGCAUCAUCAAAAUAUAGUGCUUUUUCAUUUGGCAGUAGCGGUGGUGGUGCUCGUAGAGGAAGUAGCGGUGGAACACCAAUAAAUCCAUCGCCAAUUUCAGCUAGUCCAGCAAGUCAAGGAUUAGCAAAGACACGUUCAUUAAGUCAACAGCCACAAAUAGGACAAGGUGGAGUUAGAAAACGUCUUACACGUCGUAGUCCCGGUCCUGAAAUACAGCCUAGAAGAUCUAGAAGUAUUCCACCACCAUCAUCAGUCACAGGACCUGAUGAUACGACAGUUCAAUGGGCAAGUCAAGUCUUUAAAUGGCUUUACUCUGACUUAGUCAUUGUUAAUGACCUCCUUUAUGGAUUUAUCACUGCAAUUAAUCAAACAAUGGCCCGUAAUACGAGCGAAGAGAAAAUUCUUAUUGAAGUCGUUCGCAUACUGCCAGAAUCGACAACGCCAAAUAUUUCGAAUAUAUUCUGUGACAAGGCAAUGACAGAUGCUGCCAGUGAGGUUGCGAUUACAAUGGAUGUGGAGACGACAUUAGUUCUCCAAAUUAAAGCCUUUCGACAAAUUUCUGGCAAGGCAGAUGUCUUGCAUUAUCGUGCCAAUCUUCGCUUUAAAGGACAUUUAAGUACCACAAUGAAUUAUACAGCAUUAGUUGGUGAAAUGCGUAUGGAAGGAUAUCCUGAUAUUAAAAUUACAAUCGCAUCCAUAGGACCAAUUAAAACAAACUCAAAAGAAGAGAAAGAGAUACAAGACAUGAUUUGUGAAACAUUAAACCUUACGAUACGUGACACUUUAUAUCCUGUAGAUUUUUCAGUUCACGCAACAUGUCCACGUGCAUUGAAAAUGGAUUCGGAUGAUUAUUUUGACCAUCCACAGCCAAUAGAUUUCCCAAAUCCUUAUGAUUAUAUGGGAGGUGGAGGAAGGACACAGAUGCAAAAUACCAUGUCUUAUGACCAAUCUUCAAGACAUAUGAAUGCAUCACCAACUAUUUCUUCAGGACGACGAUUAUUAGUGAAAAUUGUUAAAGGUGAUGGAUUAAUGCAGGCAAAGGAUCCAUAUUGUGUUGUAGAAAUGGAUGAGCCACCACAAAAAAAUCAAACUGGAUCUAGACAAGGAUCAAGUCCAUUUUGGGAUGAACACUUUCUCUUUGACUUGUCAAAUCUCUCAUCAGAAAUACUUUUUGAAGUCUACGAUCGUCCAGUAAAUGCAAAUGAAUAUCCAAAAUUCCUUGGACUAGGAUUAGUUGGUGUCGAUGAGCUAGCCGUUGGACCAUCAUCAUCACAAGUGAUUGGUCUACAACCAAGACCUUAUGAGGCUGAAAAUGUUACAGGUGCAAUAACUGUUGAAUUUGUCUUCAUUGAAGGUCCACAAAUUCCAUCUGCUGGUCGUCGACCAUAUAAAUUAAAGGAAGCACUUAAACUAGAUCCACAAAUGCAACAGCAACAACAAAUGUAUGGAUAUGAGCAGCAACAGGCUCAAUCUAAUAUUUCACCAUCUCGUGUCUCGCCAAUGCUUCAACGUAAUGGACAGCAAGCAAAUUAUCAACAGCAACAGGUGUACACGAACGGUAGCGGUUCCGGACAUCAUUUGAAUGUGAAUCCUAAUCAAAGAACUACCUCACCAUCUCAUGAUAAUAAUAGUAGUCUAAGACCAAUAAAUUAUUCUAGCUCGCAAAGGCAAAGCAUAAGCGUGCCAAAUAGCAGCAAGCAAUAUCCAUAUGAUAAUAGCAGUAUGACAUCAUCGUCGAGUCCUCAAAUGCCUGCAACAUCAACUCCAAUUAAACCUAAUACUCUUAAUAUUAAAAUGAGCAUGAUUCAGCAACAGCAACAAGCUACGAAUAAAGAAUUAUCGAAUGAACCAAUUUCUGGUGCUCUUUCAGACAGGGGACGUGAUCGGAAGAAGACGACAAUUUUUGGUACAUUAAGGAAACGAUUAUCGAGAUCAAAAACACGAAAUGACGAAAAUGGAACGGCACUAGCAAGCAAUAUGAUCAACAACACGACUAAUGGAUACAAUAGCUUAACAUCACCGAAUAGUUUAGACAGCAAUAAAGACAACUCAUUGAAAAAUAAUUCAUUAAAAUCUCCAGGAAGUACAUUCUCAAGUAAAAUUGGAAUCUCAGGCUCAUCGCGACGAUCUUCAAUCUCAGAAAUGUCAAAUAUUAGUCGAAUGUCCAACAUUUCUAGCAAAACAUUUUUACACGAGGCAUCGAGUCUUGUUUUGGAAGUGAUUGAGAAUGGUGUCAAGAGACAUUACUUAGUUCCUAUGAACAUUGCGCAGAAACCACGUUGGCGACGGAAGGGAACAAAACUGCAUAUUUAUAAUGAUCAUACCUUUGUGGCAAAGCAUUUACCGAGUGGCCUAAUUUGUGAGAUUUGUAUGUUAUCAAUACCUUUUCGAAUGGGAAAACAGGGAUACGAGUGUCGAGAUUGUUUCCUGAAAUGUCACAAGCAAUGUCAUGUUCGUACACCACGCCUUUGUCCCAAGCCAACAAUACAAUCAAUAGAACUGUGCAAAAUAAAUUUCGAAAAUGAUACUGCUAUACGAAAGUUGUAGAUGCAAGCAAGCAUAAUGUUGAUGUUGUAAUUAUUUGAUACGUAGAGAAGAUGAGAUGACCACAUGCUGUACUUGAAAAAAAAGUAAUUGCCCUAGAACUAUACACACAUUUUAUACUUAACUGAAUACACAAUGCGCGUGUUUUCUUAAUAAGAAGUUUUUUUUUUGAUUGAAACAAUUUGAUACAUUUUUGUAAUAAUUAAUUAAUAAAAUUAUUACUUUACAUUACAAUUAAUAAUGCUAAUUGAUCAUAGAUCGACAAAAAUUAAAGCAAAACUGAUUAUAUAUUCAAUGUGACAGUGACUUACCUACUAUGUGCAAGAUGCUUCUACAGUCAAUUUUAACACAUAUUUUAUUAUUAAUAUUAUUAUUUUAAAAUUAAAUUGAGCAAAAAAACACAAGAAUUUUAAUUUCAAUUAUGGUGAUUAAUGACAAUUUAAUUGUAAACGAAUGUUUUGUUGGGCAUUUUUAUUAUUAUUGUUAAUAAUGUUAGAUAAGAGAAGUUAUUUGAGACAUGAAAAUUUAUGUAUAUUAACUGAAAUAUACUCUCAUUGACCACACAUUAAUUAGUCUCAUAACUUGCAAACAAAUCUCUCUGUUUUUAUUACGUAUUUACAAUUUAUAGAGUCAAGUUUGGACACUCGUGUGGAUAUGGAUCAAGUCACGACGGCACAAAAAAAAUCUUUAUAAAAUCAAUAAAAUUUGUUAAAUUCGAAUUCUUGCCUUUAAUCCAAGGAAAUUAAUUUAUUCCGACCAAAUUCAUAGCAAAACCAACACAUACUCGAAAUGCCAAUAAAUCUUUAAAUCAAUAAAAGUCGCGACUUGAUUAAAAAAUUAGAGAAUUAUUGAUAAAAUGUGAAGUAUUUACUCCAAGAACGUAAACAAAAAGUCGCAUGACGAUCAACAGAUUAUUGAUUCCAAUUUCACAUCAGUGUCCCAGUGUCGAAUGAUGACUUAAAGUUUCUCAAUUUACAUACUUAAUCUUGAAUAAAAGGAAAGAA